AUGUGCUGCUGCUUCGCCCGCCGUGGCCAAUACGUCGAACCUGUGCCAAAAAUUCAACCUCAUGGAAUAAAACAAAUUAAAGAAUUGCAUAAUCAAAAUACUCAAAAUCAAAAUCAGAUUCAGAAUGGUCGAUCAGCACCUGUACCGUUGAAUAUAGAUUAUAGAGAUCGGGCUCGAAAUGGAUCGAGGUCUAGUAGUCAUCAUUCGAAAAGUUCGGGGAAAGGUCAGGGACAGGUGGGACAGGUGGGACAAGGGAAUAAGGAGAGGGAGAGGGAUGGGAGGGAUGGGAGAGAUGGGAAAGAUGGGAGGGAUAACCAUGGAACUCAGGGAUAUACGCAGAGAGCUGUUCAGCAGGGUUAUAGAGCGCCGGCGCCAGCGCAAUUGGGACAGGGGGGUGCAUAUGGUGAUUUUAAUGGAAAUGUGAAUGCGAAUGGAAGUGCGAAUGGGAAUGGAUAUCGGAGAUGA